AUGCGCGCCUCUCCCCUCGUCCUCGCGCUGCCGCUUGCAGCGGCACAGCAGUUCCCGAUGCUCGACUCCGUGAUUGACCAGGCCAAAGGCUGGUUCGCAAAGGCCAGCGGAUCCGUCGCAGCAGCAGUCUCCUCCGCCACCGAGUCCGCCUCCAUCCCCAACCCAGUCGCCUCGGGCGCCGUCAAGAUCGCACAGCUCAACGUCCACAGAGUCGAUCUGAACAACUUCCAAGAGCUCAUCAAGCCAGGCUCGCCUCACGCAACACCGGGCAUCGAGACAUGGGAGGUCUUCGUCACAGGCGGCAACAAGACGUGCUUCGGCAUGUGCAACAGGGCCGAGACUGCUUUCAACGAGAGCGUAGCGUUGGUCGCAGCCUCGCCAAACCCACCGAACCUCGGACUGUUGAACUGCGAGACUGACGGAGUACUGUGCCAUGCCUGGGCAGUCAGCCCACCACAGCUCCUUCACAUGCAACUGCCACAGCCACUCGCAGACCAGUCGACUCCCGCCUCGACUGUGCGCUCCAUCAAGCUCAACCGCACCACUGUCACCGCACCGGAGAUCGCCGCCAUCCACCUCCAGGACAAGUACCUCGAGACCGAGGCGUAUGGGGGCUUCUGGCAUCCCUUUGACGGCCCGCUCGCCAAGUACAACCUUGCAAUUCCAGCUGGCUACGUGAUCUGGGGCUUCUCGCAGAUUCCAUCGUGGGCUUUCAUGAUUGGCAUUUCGUUCUUCAGCAGGACUAUCAUGGGACGCAGGACGCAACCUGGUGGCGGCCGUGCUCCAGCCGCUGGCCAGCCAGCUCCGGCAGCUCAAUAG